ACCCUAGGACACACAAAACAACCAGACAUGGAGUAUCCGACAGGUUUCAGGUUCUAUCCUACCGAGGAAGAGCUUAUCUCGUUCUACCUGCACAACCAGCUUCACGGCCUUAAGCAAGACAAGAUUCACCGUGUCAUCCCAGUCCUCCACAUUUUCGACACUGAGCCAUGGAAUCUCCCACAGCUUGCUGGAGAGCUGUGCAGAGAAGACAGAGAGCAGUGGUUCUUCUUCGCACCCAUGCAGGAGAGGGAGGCCAGAGGAGGACGGCCCAGCCGGAGUCUGGCCACCGGCUACUGGAAGGCCACCGGGUCUCCUGGCUACGUCUACUCACCUGACAACAAGGUGAUCGGCGUGAAGAAGUCAAUGGUUUUCUAUGUGGGAAAGGCUCCCAAAGGACGAAAAACGCAGUGGAAAUUGAACGAGUACAGGGCCAUUGAACUGUCACCGACCAAUCCCAAUUCAUCAAGCAGUAACAUUUCUAUUCCUAAGCUGAAGCGGGAAUUUACGCUGUGUCGAGUGUAUGUGGUAUCUGGGACCUCUCGAGCAUUUGAUCGCCGACCACUGGAAGUGGUGGCUGGAGAGACAACAAUCCAGGGGGGUGGCUGUGCUGCUAGCAGCGGAGGCAGAGGCGCUGGAUGUGCAGAUGUAUCAUCGUCAGGAUUAGUAGCAGGCGAUGUAGGAAGUUCCAAUCAAUGGGAGACGGCAAGUUUGGAAGAACCAAUGUGGGAUUGGGACCAGCUGAAUUGGCUCUAACUUUAUGUAGCAGUACUCCGAUGAUGAAGUGAGCUUCUCCGAAUAUCAAUCUUUGUACGCUGAUGGCCGAUGUGUUGAAGAGCUUGAGACUCGUGGUUUGUAAGAAAAUCAUUUGAUCAAGAUUGAACACCACAGUCAAUCUUGAACAAAUUUUAGAAAAUUAGGGUCAGUAAAAUG